UGACAGGAUAUCAUCUGAUCACAUUGUAAAGGUUUAUUUAAAGUGCACGACAGGUAACAUCUGAUCACAUUGUAAAGGUUUAAUGUAACUGCACAACAGGUAACAUUUGAUCACAUUGUAAAGGUUUAAUAUAACUGCAUGACAAGUAACAUCUGAUCACAUUGUAAAGAUUUAAUAAAACUAAUGUUUCUGUCACUAAUGAUUGUAACAAAUCAGAUGUGUUGUCCUUCAACACAAGCCUAGCAGUAUCUGUAGAGCUGGUCCCAGCGGAAUAAGCUGAUUUUUAUGUGAUUUUUUGAGGGUUCUCCGGUUCAACCUUAGCAAAACUAACAAAUUUUUACAUUACAUUACACCAAUGAAAAAAAUAAAUAUCAUACUAAAGAAAAACAUUUAACACUUAAAAUUUUUAUUUUUUAUAGGGCCAGCAGAGAAGGCCCUGCUGGUCCUGACAGCCCACCACUGUUUAAACUGCACGACAGGUAACAUCUGUUCACAUUGUAAAGGUUUAAUAUAACUGGAUCAUAGGUAACCUCUAAUCACAUUAUAAAGGUUUAUAUAACUGCAUGACAGGAUAUCAUCUGAUCACAUUGUAAAGGUUUAAUAUAACUGCAUGACAGGAUAUCAUCUGAUCACAUUUUAAAUGUUUAAUAUAACUGUGUGACCGGAUAUGAUCUGAUCACAUUAUAAUGGUUUAUUUAAACUGCUUGACAGGUAACAUCUGGGGCACGUUCAAUCUCACACCGGUGUACAACGUUUUGCUACGGUUUCCGGGUUGAACGACAUGUUUCCUGGAAACGGUGUGCAACGGAAUGCAACAGCAAUCCCUUUGGAACAGGCUAUUGGAUCGAAUGGACCUAGUCAACAUCCACUAGGCCAACACAUUGUCGCUGCACCACUGCAUUUGACGACAGCUCCUGCACCACAGAAGUUGCCUCCUGCACCACAGAAGUUGCCUCCUGCACCACAGAAGUUGCCUCCUGCACCACAGAAGUUGCCUCCUGCACCACAGAAGUUGCCUCCUGCACCACUUAAUUUCUCUCCAACUACUGCACCACUUAAUCUGUCGGUUGCUGGACCAUCACCUGUCUGUGCUCCAAAGUGCGUACCAGUGUCAAACCCCCCACAAAUGUAUAAAGAUACAAAGCCAUGGACACACAACGGAACAUUACUUUUAAUAUCUUUGAUCAAGCAAAUGGCUGAAGACUUUCAAUCUCCAGUACUGAAGAAAUUCGAAGUAUGGAAAAAGGUAGCUGCGCACAUGCUGGCAAAAGGGUAUGACUUUGGAGCAGAGGCAUGUGACAAUAAGUUCAGGCAGUUAAAACACAGAUACAAAACAAUAGUGGACAGCAAAAAGAAGACUGGGAGUGGUGCCAGCAGCUGGGUCUUUUUCUCACCAAUGGAGGACCUCCUGGCUGAUGAUCCCAGUGUGGAACCGGUCCUGAUCGUGUCAUCUUUUGAUGGAUCUUCAUCAGAUGGCCCAGGACCAUCAACUUCAGGACCAUCAACUUCAGGACCAUCAACUUCAGGACCAUCAGCUUCAGGACCAUCAACCUCACAACUUAAGCCAUCAGCAGAACAUGGCAAAAAGAGAAGGCACAAGUCGGAAGCACCCGAGUGGUUUGAGGACUAUGUAACUGAGCAGAGGAGGCAGAUGUCAGAGCUUAUGGCCCUUCAAAAGCAAUCAUUGGAAGUGGCAAGUGAACGCAACAAGAUCUUAAAAGAGUUUGUCUCUGCUUUGACAAAGAAAUAGGAACUGUGUUGUCCUUUUUUAGGUUCUAUUUUGUUUGCAUGCAUUUCCUUUUAGUAUACUGUACAUUAUGCCAUUAAACAAUGUUGAUCACCUCACCUUUUU